CGCCCCCGCGGCUGGGCAGGGCUCGCCCUCUCCCGCGGCACCGGUCGCAGCGUCACCCGCUCGCUGCAGGUGACGCCACCGGUCACUCCAGUGCCACCGCCGCUCUGUCACCGACGGGGCGGCCCCGCCGCGGCCCCGCCCCCCGCGCGGCGGCCUUAGCGGCGGCGGCGCCCGGCGAGCAGAUCGGCGGUUGGCGGCGGCCCCGGCGGGAUGACGGCGGCGAUGGGCACGGAGCGGGUCCGCGAUGGCAGCUGCCACUUCCAGCGCUCCCGGCUCCUCUGGAUGAUCGCCAUUAUCUUCGGCAUGGUCGUCCUCGGCUGGGUAACGCUUUGGCCUUCAACUAUACCUUAUAGAUAUUUGGGAAUAUUUGGUACCUUCCUUAAUUAUUUAGUUGAAAACCAUCACAAGUGGGUAUGCUAUGGGUUCUGGAUAUCCUGGUUGAUUCACGUAGUAGAAGCCCUCUACAGUGUUAAGUUAUGCCAAUCUAAAGGAAUCACUGACCCGGUGGCUCAGUUUCAAUGGUUCAUUCAGACACUUUUGUUUGGGUACGCUUCCUUUGGUCUCCUGGUGUGUUACAAACCUUCAGCCAAGAAGCAGUACUAGAAGACAGUGAAAGAAGUCACUUCUCACGUUCUUCAUCCUCAUUUUUCAGAAAGUAUCCUUAUUUACAUGUCUAGGUGCUGUAACUAGCUAAUUACAUUCCUACUAAAUGAUACAGUGCCCUUCUACCCAAGUGACUCUCCUCUUACUAAACAAGACAAUUAUAAUUCACAGGGCCCUGUGGAUAGUUCAGUAGGAGUUCAACCCUUCAGUCUUGGUACUGUCAGAGUUUAAUCCCAUUUAUUAGGCAACAAGCCAAAAGUUGUUCCUCUGCAGUUUUUGACCUAGACUGUGUACCCUGUUUGUCAGUGACAAGUCCUUGACAGCCGGCAGUAGCAGUUGAUAGAGUUGGAAGAGUUUCCUUCUACAACAGGGGGAGUUAAGUUACAAGCACAAGGCGACUUGCACCUGUUUUGUGAUAGGAGUUAAAUUUACCUAUAUUUUCUUUACAGAACCUUUUACUGGCUUUGUUGUUGUUGUUAUAGCCUGGUCUUCGUACUUUGUUUUGUGAACUUCUUCCACAAAGCACAGACCAGUGUUUUGCUGCGGGCACAUUAAAAAGACCGAGUCUCGGUUCAGGUUGAGGUGCAGUGUUGAGCUUGGAUACAUAAAGCACUUCAGCUUGGGUUAAUACAUGUGCCUUAAAUUUCAUGCAGCACAACCUCAUCUUAUGAUUCAAAUUUUAAUCUUUGGUUUAGCGUAGCAUAAAGUAGUAAUCCUGUAGCUUUGAGGGCAGCUUUUCCAAAAAGUAAUUUAUUAUCCAAGGAAAAAAAAAAAUCAAUUAGCAUUCCAAACCCUAGCUGGAAAUUUUAUAUUUGUGAAUGAAAUUGGGUGUGGUAAGAAAAGCUACACCAGCAUUUCCCACAUGCUGGUGUUCUGAAAUCUGUGGUUGAGAGACCAUUUUAAGCAUCCCUCAAAGCACUUUCCAUAUGCAUAGUGAGCCUUUUAUCAUAUCGUCUUUUACUUUUGAAUAUUUGAACAACAAUUCAGCCUGUCUUAUUUUAGCACUUUUGUAAGUAAUAGCUAUUUAAAAUACUAACUAUGGCGUGGGGUGAAGUUUUGCCACGCUACCUGUGGUGCUGCUGUUCUGGAAGAAGGGAAAAGAAAAGGUUGUUCUUUGACAAAAAGCUCCCUGAGGCAGUAACAAACUUAUGCCUUGUGCAGUACCUACAGACUGUAUCACUUCUGACGGAGAAGUCUUAUUCAAGCACAAGUACAUCAAGUUUUUGCUUUUAAGUGGGUACUAAAAGCGUGGGGGACUGAAGGUUUAGAAAUGGUGGUUUGUUUUGUUCUUUAAAUGGCAAACUGAUAACAUUUUGUAAAGAAGUAGAAGGUCAUGUUUAGUGGCUAGAAAUUCAACUGGAAUGUCAAGAGCCUGAACUAUGUUUUACUGUGUUACCUUUUAUCUUAGUCUGUGACCCUGGAAUAAAGACUUAAAAAAAAAAAAAAAAAA